GAGGCGAGCGCCUGUGAGAGGGAGGGCCUGAGGAGAGCUGAAAGUUGCCCCCAGCACCGCCGCCCGCGCGCGCUCCGGAACAAUGAGCGCCCACAACUCAAAGGCCUCCCUCAGCAACAACAGCGGCGAGAGACGGCACGAGGCCGAGCGUCCACCCAGAGCCGGGGACACUACUGCCCAGAUCCCGGACCCGGCCUCCACCUUGGGCACGGCCUUGCCCUCCACGUCCGAGUGGAGCAUGCAAUCUGAGUGGCGGACCGUCUCCGGACUGUUUUCCAGCUCCCUGUCGAACGCGUCCACACCAGACGUGACAUACUCCCAAAGCGCCAGCGCGUCCGCCCAAACAAGCACGGAUUUUGACCUGACAACUGACUCGGACACCAAGGUUGGCCUCUGGGACUUUGGCGCCCUCCGCCUUAGCGACCAGAUCCCCAUGUCUGCCACCCGUUCUCCCAACUCUGAGGGGGCCGUCCCAGCCUCUAACCGGCACACAACCAUCCCCCGGGUAUCCGAACAGGGAUCUGUCUCGCCCUCAGGCUCCUCCAGGUUGCCCCUCCAUGAGUCCGGCCCAUCCUCAGUACCUGGGUUCCCCCGGGUAGCAGGGACUCCUAUACCCAGGAAGUUCCUCAGAGCGGCGGUACCAGAAUCCAUCUCACCCUCGAUGCCUGGCUCCAGCAGAAUAUUGUCACCUCCUCUACCCCGUAAUAUUCCGCAAAUGUCACUACUUGGGGUCAUCCCGUUCUCAGUAUCCUCCUCCUCCCAGAGUUCGGUAGAAGUACCUCCUACCCUCAACAACCCCCCGCGACUGCCAGUACAAGAGUCCAGCCAGUUCUCAGUACCCGACUUCCCCCGGCUCUUGGACUCCUCCCUAGAGUCGAUACAAGGGUCCUACCCGCCCUCAGACCUCAGCCUCCCUGGGAGUUCAGGACAAGAAUCUAUCGUGCUGUCGGACUCCUCCCAAGCGUCGAUACAAGGCCCUCCCCCGCCCCUAGUGCUCAGCAGCCCCCGGAGUUUGGUACAUGGACCUCGUACGCCCAUGAACUCCCCAGUGUCGACUCAAGUGUCCACCGAGCUUUCCGAGUUAGGUAAUCCCCGAACAUCGGUAGAAGGAUCGGCUCCACCCCCGGGUUCCCCCAGAGUACCAGUCCAAGGGUCCGCUCCGCCCUCAGCGCCCGGCUCCGCCCGGGUAUCGGUGGAAGAAUCGGCUCCGCCCUCGGACUCCCCCCGAGAGUCGGUAGAAAAGUCCGCUCCGCCCUUGGCCAGCCCCACUCCUGUACCCACGCCCCGGGAGAGUCUCAACCAGAGCAUGGAGAAUCAGGAGAAGGCGGACAACGCGGGCCAGAUGUUCGACGUAGUCGUGAUAGGAGGCGGCAUCUCAGGAUUGUCUGCUGCCAAACUCUUAAAUGAACAUGGAGUUAAUGUUUUGGUUUUAGAAGCUCGGGACAGAGUUGGAGGAAGAACAUAUACAGUGAGGAAUGAAAACGUUGAUUACGUAGAUGUUGGCGGGGCUUAUGUGGGACCGACCCAGAACAGAAUCUUACGGUUAUCUAAGGAACUGGGUUUAGAAACUUACAAGAUUAAUGUAAAUGAGCGUCUUGUUCAAUAUGUCAAGGGGAGAACUUAUCCAUUUCGGGGUGCCUUCCCUCCAGUAUGGAAUCCCAUUGCAUAUCUGGAUUACAACAAUCUGUGGCGGACAAUGGAUAAUAUGGGAAAGGAGAUCCCAGCUGAUGCCCCAUGGGAGGCUCCACAUGCGGAGGAAUGGGAUAAGAUGACCAUGAAAGAUCUUAUUGAUAAAAUCUGCUGGACAAAGACCGCUAGGCAGUUUGCAUCUCUGUUUGUGAAUAUCAAUGUGACCUCGGAGCCCCACGAGGUGUCUGCCCUGUGGUUCUUGUGGUACGUGAAGCAGUGUGGAGGCACCACUCGGAUAUUCUCGGUUACCAAUGGAGGCCAGGAACGGAAGUUUGUAGGUGGAUCUGGUCAAGUAAGCGAACGGAUAAUGCAACUGCUCGGGGACAGAGUGAAGCUGAGGUGUCCUGUCACCUUUGUUGACCAGUCAGGUGACAAUAUCACCAUACGGACGCUGAAUCAUGAACUUUAUGAGUGCCGAUACGUAAUUAGUGCCAUCCCUCCAACUUUGACUGCCAAGAUACACUUCAGACCACAACUUCCAUCAGAGAGAAACCAGUUAAUUCAGCGCCUUCCAAUGGGAGCUAUCAUUAAGUGCAUGAUGUAUUACAAGGAAGCCUUUUGGAAGAAGAAGGAUUAUUGUGGGUGUAUGAUCAUUGAAGAUGAGGAAGCUCCAAUUUCAAUAACCCUAGAUGACACCAAGCCAGAUGGAUCGCUGCCUGCCAUCAUGGGCUUCAUACUUGCUCGAAAAGCUGACCGCCUUGCUAAAGUCCAUAAAGAAAUACGGAAAAGGAAAAUCUGUGAACUGUAUGCCAAAGUGCUAGGAUCCCAAGAAGCAUUACAACCGGUGCACUAUGAAGAGAAGAACUGGUGUGAGGAGCAGUACUCCGGAGGCUGUUACACCGCCUACUUCCCCCCGGGGAUCAUGACUCAGUACGGAAGGGUGAUUCGCCAGCCAGUAGGCAGAAUUUACUUUGCUGGCACGGAGACUGCCACACAAUGGAGCGGUUACAUGGAAGGAGCAGUAGAGGCCGGGGAACGGGCAGCUAGAGAGAUCUUGAAUGCUCUGGGGAAGGUGUCAAAGCAAGACAUAUGGGUCAAAGAACCAGAAUCAUCGGAUGUUCCAGCUGUAGAAAUCACCCACACCUUCUGGGAGAGAAACCUGCCGUCCGUGUCAGGCCUGCUGAAGAUCAUCGGGUUUUCCACAUCCAUAACCGCUCUGUGCUUUUUGGCGUACAGAUUCAGGCCGCUGAGCCGAUCCUGAAGUUUCGGCUUCGUGCUGUCUGCUUACUCUUUCCCAGCACCAUCAAAAGCAAAACCUUGACAAGUGUAAUGGCUGUGUCAUCGGAUCAUCUUUAAAUGCGCUGAUUUAACCCUUUAGUUUAAUCUCCAUCAGUGGAUCACUUCAUUAAUUUCAGUAAGAUCAAGUUCCAUCAAGUGAUUUGUCUGUAGACCACCUCGUGUUGAUUGGUAGAAAAUAACCUUGUGAUCAGUUCCUUAACUUCAAAAAGUUAAAGUUGACGUGCUCAUAAGAAACAGUUUCUGUGUCCUGUUUUUCUCCCCUUUAACACAAAACACCAGACAAUCGCAGAAAUGCAGCAUUUAACUUUCUCUCUGUGGAGGUUGAGUUGGUUGAGGCCCAGCCUGUGUGACUGGCCCUUUAAGUCCUUAGCAAAGGGUGAAGUGUAGGCCCAGAGCUCGGGGGCUUACAGUUUCCUGGGGUGAGCAACUCCCACUUAGGAUGAGCGAAUAGCAAAGGAAAGGAUUAGACGUAGGAUUCAGGCCCUCAGACCAGUGAGGGGACCAUAUCUUGUGGGCUGCUGUGUCAGGCCUCUCCUGACCACUUCUAAUUCCUGUGACGUUUCCAGACAUCUAGUCUUCAUGCUAGUUUCUUUGUCUUUUUCCUCUUUUUCUUCUUAAAGAGGACAGCGUUUACCAAGGUCCAAUGUUUAAAUUGACUCGCUGUGACUUUUGUGUAGCUCCUCAGGUGAGCAGAGUAAAAUAGUGGCAAGACUGUCCCCCAGGAGGCCUCCCUGAUUAGCUCCAAAUGAGACCAAAGGCAGUCGGCUUCUUCUCAUUCUCCUAGAAGGUGGCUAGACAUCACUUCAUUCAUUGUUGAUGAUAACAUUCUCUGCCAGUUUCCGGAAAGUGGUAUUUUCCUUUUUUCAAGUAGACUCUGGCUGAAGGCCCCAAGUGGCAUAUAUUUUUUUCUCUUUCCCUAUGGCCAUUGUAAAGCAGAUUUGUUAACUUAAAUAUGUCUUCAAUGUGGUUACCUUAGAGUGAAUAUCGUCAUGCCAGUUUCUCUCUAAUAAGUGCUAAAAUACACAUGACAAAUUUCUAAUUGUUCUUUCUUAAGACUAUCAAAUACAGAAAGGAAAUUAGGCCUCUUAUUAUAACCUCACUUGCUUUAGUUAUUUUAUAAAAGACAUGAAAUUGAGUGAUCUUAUAUGUGAAAACUAAAUUCUCUGUCUUAGGAGAAAUGUGGGCUCAGAAUAGUGCUCACCUCUUGUCUUUCCCCUUUUAAAACCUGUCAGAUUUUUUAAAGCCCCUUUCAGAGGUUUCAGCCAUGAAGUACUUGUUUUUUUUUCAUACAGUUAAUCUGGGAAAAAUCAACACAAAUGUGAUCAAAUAAAGCAGUUGAGAAGAUUCCAUGGCCUCAGUUACCCAGGUGGUAGAUACCCAGUAAUACCUUAUCCCACAACAUGGAUGAAUGAGGCAUUUCAUUUUAAAUGCGGCUUCCAGAUAGCUGAAGCUUUUUAUUUUAUGUGCCCCAAUUUUUAGAUAAAUAAAAAUGUUGAUGGGCCUGUUUCCACAUGGUAUUACAUAAGAAGCUAGAUUCAAAUUCACUUUUUUAUUAAUCAAGUCAAUCAUUAUGCACCUUGAUUAUCUUAUACUUUUAUAAUAGAGCAUACCAUUUAUAACAGUGAUACCAUUGUCUUUGCUCCUGGACUGAAUGUCACACGAUUGUUUUAUAGCUGGUGAGCCUACUGCUGCUUCCUUCUCCCAUGUUCAGUAUUUUAUUUCAUAGCCUUGUUAUCUCCAUUAUCUCCCAAUAACAACUUAAUCUGCUAUUUUUUUAUUCAAUGGGAAUUAAAGAUUGCCAGAGGAACCAACCCCAGUUUAUUACAUAAUUAACCUUAAUCUUAUCUUAAAUCCAAAAUGAAGUCCUAAGAGCAAAGAGCGGGAUCUUUCUGCCACUCUUCACCUUGCAGUUGAAAAGCAUUCUAGCUGACUUAGGCAUUUGGGUGUUAUCUUGGACAUGCUCCGGUACAUAAGAAGUUGCUGUAUUUUAUACCAAACUGCUUUGAGAAAUCACAUCCCUGAUCUGUUUCAGUUGUUUCUGUUUGCUUACUGAUUAACUCAGUUCUGACACACCUUUUGGGAAAUGCUGACUUAAACUUACUUGGCAACAGUUUUAACAGUCUAUUAAGCUACAGAUUGAGUAUCCAAAAUGAAUACUAGCCCAAAUGUGCCUAGACAUGAACUUGGAGCUGAGAACUCUACAUGAGGUGGUCCAACACCAAGAUGCCCUAGGUCUUCCCUUCCACCCAGAAAAACACGAGUUAGUUUAUGCUGCUGAUAGAGCCUGGCCCUACAAGGACAUCUGCUUCACAGUUUUGAAGGCCGAAGUGCCCUUGGUCCAUAGCAAGGUUGAAAAUGAGAUUUAAAAAGUUAAUCUCUUUGUCACCACUGUUAAAUAAGGACUUAUACUUGCCUGGAGAAAGAAAAUAUCGAAGGACCGUGAACUAUGUUUAGUUUAUGAACUUGGUGCCUAAUGUUCUGUCUGAAACGUGCCCCAGUGCUACAUGUGUGCAUAUGUGUUGCCACUGAAGUACGAUUUUGCCUGUGUGGUACUGUUUUAUUAAUAAAGUGCACUGUCACCCCUGA